CCGGGGCGGGCCCGGCUCAGUCCCGGCCGCACACGGACCGACACGGCUCCCGCCGCCGCUCCCGGACCCCCCCCGACCCCCGCGGGACGGCCCCGGCCCCGGCGCCGCCGCCAUGAAGCCCCCCGGCGCCGUGGGGACUCUGCUGCGCGCGUUCGGCCGCCGCGACGGCAGCGACACGCCCCCCGCGCCCCACAGCUUCCGCGAGAAGACGUUCCGGCGGGGGGGGGCUUGUGCUGCCUGCGGGGACUCCCUCGGACCCCAAGGCCUCGUCUGCAGAGUGUGCAAAGCCACCAGCCACAAGCGAUGCGAGGCAAAGGUGACGUCGCCAUGCCAAGCUCCGCCUCCCCCCGAGAUGAGGAGGAACACGGCCCCUGCGCGGCGCAGCGAGCACCUGGGCUCCACAAAGUCCCUGAACGGCGGCCGGCAGCGGAGCACCCUGCCCAGGAGCUGCAGCCUGGAGCUGGUGACAGAGCGUCCCUUCGCCCUGGACCUGACGUACGUGACGGAGCGGAUCCUGGCGCUGCGCUUCCCGCGGGCGCUGGACGAGCCGCGCUACCGGCAGCACCUGCGCGACGUGGCACAAAUGCUCGGCCACCGCCAUGGUGACAAGUACACGCUCUUCAACCUGUCUGAGAAGCGCCGGGACAUCAGCAGCCUGAACCCCAGGGUGCAGGAUUUUGGAUGGCCGGACCUUCACGCCCCAACCCUGGAGAAGCUCUGUGCCAUCUGCCAGGCCAUGGAGAGGUGGCUGCAGGCCAACCCCCAGCACGUGGCUGUGCUGCACUGCAAGGGCAGCAGGGGCAAAGCUGGUGUCGUGGUGGCCGCCUACAUGCACUACAGCCAAGCCUCAGCUGGUGCUGCCCAGGCCUUGGGCACCCUCAGCAUGAGGAAGUUCUACGAGGAGAAGGUGGCAGCUGCUCUGCAGCCCUCACAGCAGAGGUACGUGGAGCUGUUCCGGGCUCUGCUCUCAGGCCGCAGCCGCCUGAGCAGCCGCCCCCAGUUCCUGCACCACGUGCUGCUGCCGCCCCUGCCGGCCUUCGCCCCCCACGGUUGCCAGCCCUUCCUGAAGAUCUACCAGUCUCUGCAGCUCGUUUACACCUCAGGGGUCUACCGCCCCCCGGCACCCCAAAGCCUCUGCAUCACCCUGGAGCCGGCCCUGCUGCUGAAAGGGGACGUGAUGGUCACGUGCUUCCACCGGCGCGGGGGCGCGGGAGCGCGCGAGCCCGUGUUCCGCGCGCAGUUCCACAGCGGGGCCGUGGCGGGGGCGCGCAUGGAGCUGGGCAAGGGGCAGCUGGACGGCGCGUGCGCAGACGAGCGCUUUCCCCCCGGAGCCACCGUCGAGUUCAUCUUCUCCUCCGGCCCCGAGAGGAUCAAAGAGUGGGUCCCCCCACACCCCCCCGUGCCCAUCGACUACGCGCUGGGGGACGCGGCGCUGCGGCGGGACUCGUACCAAGGCUUCAACCUGUGCCCCGAGGACAGCCCGGCGGAGCCCUCGCACACGCGGGGGCCGCUGGAUGGGAGCCCCUACGCCCGGGUGCAGAAGCCGCGGCCGCCCAGCCCCGGGGGGGGCAUCGGCCUCGAACCCUCCCCCAGCGCCGCCGUGGCCGAGCCCCUCCCGCCCGGCCGCCCCCCGCCCCCCACCGCGGCGGAGCGCCGGGAGCUGGAGCAGCUGCUGGGGGGCUUCGGGAUGGGGGGGGCACCCUUGGGGGGGCCAGAGACUGCCAUCUUGGAGGAUGAGCACCCCGAGGCUGUCCCCCACAGCCCCCACAGCCCCCCCACACCCCAGGACUCCACAGCACCCUACAGCACCCCAACACCCCUCAGGACCCCAUCACCCUACGGGACCCCCACAGCCCAGGACUCCACAGCACCCUAUGGCACCCCAACCCCCUACAGCACCCCAACAACGCCCCACGGGACCCCCACACCCUACAGCACCCCAGCACCUUACGAGCCCCCCACACCCCAGGGCUCCACAGCACCCCACGGGCCGGGGUCCCCCUGCAGCACCCUCGCCCCCCACAGCCCCCCAGCACCCUACGGGCCCCUCCUCGCUCCCCCCUGCCGCUGGCCCAGCCUGGCCUCGCCCUGCCCGUGCCACCAGUGGCCUCCCCGGCCCGGCAGCCCCCCGGGCCCCCGCCGUGGGGCUGAGGGGAGCCCGGAGUGGCGGCUCGGGGGGGGCGGGAAGCGGGGGCUGCAGCGCUCGCUCUCCGAGGGCUUCCCCCGCUGUGGCUACGGGCGCCGGGGGGGCGGCUUCGUGCUGCUGGAGGAGCUGCCCCCCCUCUGCCCCUGCCAGGACUGCCAGGCCUGGGGGGCCCCCCCACUGCUUGCCCCCCCCACACUUUACGGGGGAGGCUUAGAGCGGGCGGAGGGGAGCUGGGGGGGCCCCGCUGAAGCCCUCGAGCCCCUCCCUUGCCCCCACUGCGGCCACCGCGGGUCGGGCUCGGGUUUGGGCUUGAGCUGGGGAUCCCCCCGGCCCCCCCGGGACUCCUACGGAAAAGUGGGCUACGAGCCCCCCCGGCUGGAGGCCCGCGAGGGCUACAACAUCCCCGGGCAACCGGACCCCCGGGAGCGCGAUGAGCGGAGGAGCCCGGGCGAGGGGGGUCCCUGGCCCAGGAACCUCGAAGGUCCCGAUUCCCUGCGCCGCCCCCCCCGGGACCCCCCCCCCCAGCAGCGGCGGCGGCGCCCACGGGUGCCCCGGGGGGGGGUCCCCGGCCUCCUCACUGCCCGCCCCCCCCUUCCUCCUCCCCAGCACCGCCCCUCCCCGAGAAGCGGCACCCGCCCGCGCCGGGGGGGGCCGGGGACACGGCGACCCCCCCCCCAGCCCGUCUCCCCGAGCGCAGGGGGCACCCCGGAACGCCGGGACCCCCCCGCGCCGGGCUCUCACCCCCCCGGCGCCGCCUUCGUGCAGGACACGACCCAGUUCUGGUACAAACCCGCCCUGACGCGGGACCAAGCCGUGGCCCUGCUCCGCGCCGCCCCCCCCGGCUCGUUCCUGGUCCGGCGCAGCCGCUGCUUCCCGGGCGCCUUCGGGCUGGCGCUGAGGGUCCCGGCCCCGGCCCCCUGCCCGGCGCCCGCCUCCGGGGACCCCCAGGAGCAGCUGGUCCGGCAUUUCCUCAUCGAGACGGGGCCCCGGGGGGUCAAGGUCAAGGGCGGCCGUGACGAGCCCCAUUUCGGCAGUCUGCCGGCGCUGGUGUUGCAGCACUCCAUCACCCCCAUCUCCCUGCCCUGCGCCCUCCGCAUCCCCACCAAAGACCUGCUGGAGGAAAGUUCGGGGGGGCCCGUGGCCCCCAACGUCAGCACAGCUGGGGAGCUGCUGCGGCAGGGAGCAGCCUGCAGCGUGCUGUACCUGGGCUCGGUGCCCACCGAGUCGCUGACAGGGCCUCAGGCCGUGGCCAAAGCCGUGGGGUCGCUGCUGGCAGGGGGUGGGGAGGGAUCGCCCCCCCCGGCCCCCCCCUGCACCGUCCAGUUCAAGGUGUCAGCGCGGGGCAUCACCCUGACCGACAGCCAGCGCCGGCUCUUCUUCCGCCGGCACUACCCUGUGAGCAGCGUCACCCACUGCAGCACCGACCCCCAGGGCCGCAGGUGGGCACAGACAGGCAGCAGCAGCUCGCAGAUCUUCGGCUUCGUGGCCCGGCAGCCGGGGGGGCCGGGGGGGGCCAACGUGUGUCACCUGUUUGCGGAGCUGGACCCGGAGCAGCCGGCAGCCGCCAUCGCCGCCUUCGUCAGCCGCGUCCUGCUGGGCACCCGCCGGCCCUGACACCCCCCACGCGGGGGGAGACACGGGGAAGGGCCCCCCUGCACCCCCCCUUCCCAGCAAUAAAGGCCACGGGCUGUAGG